AUGAGUGAGAGCCCCUCAGCGUAUGACUGUGCGAUGGUGAGAGUAUGUGUCCCUUGGUGCUUGAAGUAUCCAUUCGAGCAGAGAAUACCCUCUAUACGAUCAACAGCAACAAAGAUAGUGAUUGUUGAUAUCGGUGGAAACCAGGGAGUAAAUCUUGACCGGCUGCCUAGUAGCUUUUCACAUCUGGACUGUGACCUUGUUCUACAAGAUUUACCGAAGACACUGAUAGAAAUCCGAACCCAUCUUGAUCCAAGGAUCAGGUCAAUGGCCUAUGACUUUUCACAGCACAGUGCGUACAGGCGCUUCAAAGGAGAUUCUAUCAAACACCUUCUCAUCAAUAAAAUCAUAUUAUCUGAUACAAACGAAUCCCUAUCCCGAGCAGAAAUGGAUAUGUUGAUGCUAUUCCUGUGUGAUUGCAUGGAGCAUAGCAAAUUGCAGCGGGAAGAGUCGUUGGCAAAAGUGAACUCGCCUCUACGAAUCAUCGAUACUUGGUCUGUCCCUGGGGAUCAGCAGAGCGUUAUUGAGGCUUGUCUCGCAGAGUAG